UCCCUCUGACAGGGCUGCAGGCGUAGGAGCUCCGAAACGCGGACACCCUGCGGACAUCCACAGCUUUUAUUCCACAUGGACUUUGCACCGGGGCUCUCCCAACCCUGGCAAGGGUCUUUUUUGGUGGGUGGGAGCUGAACUGCGGCGUUGGUGUCCUGGUUCCCACAUCAUGCCAGACGGGGACCCAGAAGUGCCCUUCUCUUUGGCAGAGAAGGGCAACGAGGCUGGUGAAGGGGUCUAGAAGAUGUGUUUUCUGAGGGAGCUGAGUUUGUUUACCUGGAAAAGGUUUGUUUGAGCCUGGAGGAGGCUCAUGGGAGACAUCAUCGCUCUCCACAACAACCUGAAAGGAGGUUGCAGUGAGGUGGGGACUGGUAUCUUCUACCGUGCAUGCAGUGAGGACUAGAGGAAACGGCCUUAAGCUGCGACAGGGGAAGUUCAGAUCAGAUACCAGAAAUUUUUUUUCACUGUUCAGGUGGUCAGGCAUUGGAACGGGCUGUCCAGGGAGAGGUGGCGGAGUCGCCGUAUCUGGAGGGUGUUUUCCAGAGGCGUCUGGAUCUGGCGAUGGGAGAAUUAUUAAUCUCAAAGAAUGACAGCAGCUGCUUCAGCAAGUGGAUUCACUGUGCAAGAGGUCAUUAUUUACAGCUGCCAGCUUUAUUGAACUCUUCCUUACGUUUCAUCCCUAUUUUCUUUUAGAAGUGGAAAAACAACUUAGGGUUGAUGUUUUGUGUGUCAUCAACUGAAAUUGGGGCCAUCAUGAAUAUCACCAAGGGUGGGCUGGUGCUGUUUUCAGCUAAUUCCAAUUCGUCGUGCAUGGAACUGUCCAAGAGGAUUGCUGAGCGCCUGGGAGUUGAGAUGGGGAAGGUUCAGGUUUAUCAGGAGCCAAACAGAGAAACAAGAGUGCAGAUUCAGGAGUCUGUGAGAGGAAAGGAUGUAUUUAUCAUCCAAACAGUUUCAAAGGAUGUGAAUACUACGAUCAUGGAGCUCCUGAUCAUGGUGUAUGCGUGUAAAACUUCCUGUGCCAAAAGCAUUAUUGGAGUGAUCCCUUACUUCCCAUACAGCAAACAGUGCAAGAUGAGGAAAAGGGGCUCCAUUGUCUCUAAGUUACUGGCCUCAAUGAUGUGCAAAGCUGGACUAACUCAUCUUAUUACCAUGGAUCUACAUCAGAAGGAAAUUCAGGGCUUCUUCAACAUUCCAGUUGAUAACUUGAGAGCAUCCCCGUUUUUACUACAGUACAUCCAAGAAGAGAUACCAGACUACAGGAAUGCUGUAAUUGUGGCCAAAUCUCCUGCGUCUGCAAAGAGGGCACAGUCGUUUGCUGAGCGCCUGCGGUUGGGGAUCGCUGUGAUCCACGGGGAAGCUCAGGAUGCCGAGUCUGACAUGGUGGAUGGUCGGCACUCCCCACCUACAGCCAAAUAUGUCGCUGCUAUUCACCCCAGUUUGGAGAUCCCCAUGCUGAUUCCCAAGGAAAAGCCACCCAUCACAGUUGUUGGAGAUGUGGGAGGAAGAAUAGCUAUCAUCGUGGAUGACAUCAUCGAUGAUGUCGACAGCUUCCUGGCUGCGGCCGAGACCCUCAAGGAGAGGGGGGCUUACAAGAUCUUUGUCAUGGCCACCCACGGCCUCUUGUCUUCAGACGCUCCCCGGCUCAUCGAGGAGUCUGCCAUCGAUGAGGUGGUUGUUACAAACACAAUUCCACAUGAAAUACAGAAACUCCAGUGCCCUAAAAUCAAGACUGUGGAUAUCAGCAUGAUCCUCUCGGAAGCCAUUCGCAGGAUCCACAACGGGGAGUCCAUGUCGUACCUUUUCAGGAAUAUAGGACUGGAUGAUUAAUGCUUCUUACUCUAAAGAAACACCCCGGGCCAAACUGGAAGUGAACAGAGAAUGAGCUGUGAAGCAUCGUGCUUUACCUUAAUCUUUCCCUUGAGCCACUUCUUGUUUUCUCUUGGUUUAAGUAUGGAGGUAGAACAGUUUUUGAGAGCUUUUUUUUUUCUUUGCAGGUUUUUUUUUUUUGGGGGGGGGUGGGUGGGAAUAAACAUUUUACAAAAAACUGUUCUAGUUGCUUUUAGGUUAGUUGCACUAUACACGAUGGAAAAAUCCCACAAAACACUUGAGGCAAGAAAUUGGCUUCUAAAUUAAGCAUUCCUUUUCCAAAGCUGCUUGCUACAAGUGCUUUAAAUGAUAACAAACUGAAGUGACUGUAUAAUAUUUGCAUUUUAAAAACCAAAAAGGUUGUACUGUUGUAUGCAGUUCAGUGAUUUUGUAGGAGUGCUUUUAUAGAAAAGCAUAUGGAAUAUGCACCUGUAUUUAUUUUCUGCAACAAAAGAAUAAAGACUUGUUUUGUGUGAGCUUUC